GGGUUCACUGAGCGCGGCGUGGCCCCACCCCGUCUCUCCCAGACGCUUGCCUAGCCCUACCUCAAUGUAGGCUCCUGUUCUCGGGAAAGGAGAGCAAGAGGAAAGGGGGAGGAAUAUAAAGAAAAAAGAAUAAGCUCCAAGAAGGAACAUUACUUCCCUUGCUUUGCGACUCCCACAAGCCUGGGCCGGCUGCGGAGCGACGACGGCGGCGGAAGAGGAGGAGGGCGGCCUAGGCGGCGCAAAUGUGCUGCUUCGACGAGCUAGCUUGUGUGCUAUAUUUUUUUCUUUUUUGUUGCUUUCUGGCGAAUGUUAACGCACACGCAGUGUGCUAACCUGUAGCUUUUUUCGACCGAGCUCGGAACUAUGGGGGGAGGAAUAUGCAUGAAUGUGUACGAGCGUGCGUGUGCGUGCACGUACAGGCCUCAUUUGGCUCCCCUAAGCCCAGUCUGACAGCCAGCUGCUUUUCACCCUAACAACAAACCUGGAGACAUUUUGAGGCUGCCACCCUCCACCUCCACACACAUAGACACUUUACGCCUCCAUUUUCUGCUACGGAUUAUUUACGUGUUGGAUUUGGAUCCGAACCGGCCAAAAGUGUAACUGCGGGAUCGUUUGUGAUGUGAGGGGGUGAUAACACCAGCCAGGCUUGAGACCCCCGGAGGAGGGCCCCCUUCUUUGGAGGAGAAAACACAGCAAUCCGAACAACGAGGAGAACUCGUGGAGCUGUUUUUGGAACCGGCCCAGAAGACUGUUGCCCUCUGGCUCAGCUUGCUGCAGAGAACUGGUCCGGAAGCAAUGAAAAUAUCACACAUGUAGCUGUAGUUCGUUUACUUCCUACUGGUGGGGCCCCUUAACAACUAAAACACCGCCGUACAGAACCAAUUGAAGCUUUAAAAAAAAUGCGUGUUUUGAAAGGAGGCUUGGGACCGAGCCGCGCCGCCGUACGGUUGAGCGUUACACUCACGCCGAUUUGCGCUGACUUUAGCGGGCAGCAGUGAGACGCAAGACCCGGGCUUUGGCUGAUGCACACCGGGCUCCUCUUCUCCGAGAUCAAGCGCCACUUUUGCCGUUGCUGUCAUUUUUACAACUCAUCACUGACAAUUGUCGAGACCGAAGUCACUGAGGAAAGAACAAGCAACGUAAAAAGAAGCCGGCCCUGUCUGUGGCGUUAGCAACACCAACUGCUUCGAUUUUUGGACACGAAAACUCCCUCCACGGACUUAAAUUACAAACAUUCUGGACCUGGACGGAUAGACUACUACUACCCACUACCUUUUUUUUUUUACCGGGCCGUUGGAGGAAACGUCUCCGUAUUUGAGCCUCUCCUGCCCUAACCCUCGCGGGUGAAACGUUGGCUCUAGACUGGUCCGCGUUAAAGCUCACCUUUUCGCUUACUUUCUCUCCUUGGACUCCCCAUUCUUUUGCCUUUCCCUGCGGGAAGAUGGGUUGUUUGGGCAACAGUAAGACUGAAGACCAGAGAAAUGAGGAGAAGGCUCAGAGAGAAGCAAACAAAAAGAUCGAGAAGCAGCUCCAAAAAGACAAACAAAUCUACCGAGCAACACACAGACUAUUGCUUUUAGGAGCUGGCGAAUCUGGAAAGAGCACAAUUGUGAAACAGAUGAGGAUUCUCCAUGUCAACGGCUUCAAUGCAGAUGAGAAGAAACAAAAAAUUCAGGAUAUCAAGAAUAAUAUCAAAGAGGCCAUUGAGACAAUAGUGACGGCUAUGAGCACGCUGAUGCCUCCGGUGCAGUUGGCUUGUCCUGACAACCAAUUUCGCAUUGAAUACAUCCUCAACCUCGUCAACCAGAAGGAUUUUGAGUUUCCAUGCGAGUUUUACGACCAUGCAAAAACACUGUGGCAGGACGAGGGCGUCAAGGUGUGCUUUGAGAGAUCCAAUGAGUACCAACUCAUCGACUGUGCACAAUACUUCCUAGACAAAAUUGACAUCGUGAAGCAGAGCGACUACACUCCAUCAGAUCAGGAUCUGCUGCGGUGCAGAGUGCUGACAUCAGGGAUCUUUGAAACAAGGUUCCAAGUGGAUAAAGUUAAUUUCCACAUGUUUGAUGUUGGUGGUCAACGAGAUGAGCGCCGGAAAUGGAUCCAGUGCUUUAAUGACGUGACGGCCAUCAUCUUUGUGGUGGCCAGUAGCAGUUACAACAUGGUGAUCAGAGAGGACAAUCAGACCAACCGUUUACAGGAGGCUCUCAACCUCUUCAAGAACAUCUGGAACAACAGGUGGCUGCGAACCAUUUCUGUCAUCUUGUUCCUAAAUAAACAGGACCUCCUUGCGGAGAAAGUGCUGGCAGGGAAGUCCAAAAUUGAGGAAUACUUUCCGGAAUUUGCUCGCUACACUACACCUGAUGAUGCGACACCCGAACCUGCAGAAGAUCCCCGUGUCACAAGGGCGAAGUACUUCAUAAGAGAUGAAUUCUUGAGGAUCAGCACUGCCAGCGGCGACGGGAGGCACUACUGCUACCCCCACUUCACCUGCGCCGUCGACACGGAAAACAUCCGCCGCGUCUUCAACGACUGUCGAGACAUCAUCCAGAGGAUGCACCUGCGGCAGUACGAGCUCUUGUGAUGGGACGGCAAAAAAGAAAAACGUAAAGGAAAAAAGCAAAUCAAAAACAGAACAAACUUGGGAACACCCUGAGUCUUUGAACUCUUCCACAGACAUGCCAAAAAGACACUUCACACAGUACACGAUGCCAACUUCCCCUUGCUGCUAACUCCGAGUCUGGGGGGGGAGGGGGCGUGGCCUAAAGCCAACAUUCACUUUGGCCACUUUCCGCCUCUUUCACGCAGUCUGGACUGGAAUUCACUUUGCAUUUGCAGCCACGUGAAGUGCUGCUACUUUGAUGGAACAAGCAAACUGUAACAGAUCCCUACUACACAGAAAAAAGUGUCAUGCUCAGGAUUUUGGAUCAAACCGUACAUGUGAGCAUGAGGACGCGCACACGCACGCACACACACACACACACACACACACACACACACACACACACACACUGCAGUCCUUCCUCUCACAUAUGCAUAUCGCGAUAUUCAAAAGUAACAUCAAAUCUGCAUUUACUGAGUUGCAAAAGAAAUCCAGAAACUGUUCUGCAAAGUGGCCUCCCACUUUUAUUUUGAUUUUUUUUUCUCCAACCCAUCAGAGCCCAGUUGCAGGGUUGACAAGUUUAAAAGCAAAGAAAGGUGUGUGUUCUUUGUCUUGUCCGCAAAUGGGACAGGUGUCUCCCUUUGGCCCCCUGCUGGAAUUUGAAAUCAACACAAGGACAAUGGAACGGAGGAACCAUCCCUCCUCCACUUGACUAUAAAAAUGAUACAUCGUACGUUUGAGUUGAAGACUUCUAUGGGACUUAGCAAACGGGGAAAAAAAAGUAUCCAAUACAGUAUCUAAGUUAAAGAAAAAUAUCUUUUGCCAACACAACUGUUUGUUUGUUUUUUCUUACUUUUGGGGGUCUGUGUGGACUUGUGUGCCAUUGUGCCCUGCGUGGUCUUUUUCUCUCAUUUCCUCCUCCUUCCUCAAACCACCGCUUUUUCUCUUCUGACUUGCAUCUGCACUAGAGAGGGGAAAAAAAGAAGAAUUCUAAAAUGUAAAGGGAGGAAGAAAAUGGCAAAAACAAACAGGACACUUUAUCUCCCUGAAAUCUCCCUCCCCCCGUCUCUGUCUAUUUUACUUUACUGCUGAACUAUUAUUCUUGUACAGACUGUAAAAUGUAUUAUUUUGUACAUCUUUAUUGAGGAAAAAAAAUAACUUUUAGAAGAUCCCUGUGCCUUGAUCACGACAGUACGUGUAUAAUGAGCUAAAGUGGGUGUCAUACUGCGCUGUAUAGCUUGGCCAAUUAAUACCAACCCCUUCGCUUCACCACUUCCUUCCUUUUCAUUAUCUUCAUCCUCCAGGCUGUCUCGCGCUCUCCUUAAGGGACCUGAGGGACAAACAUUUGUAGCUUUUUGUAGGCUCAUUUCUCUUCCUCAUUUUUCCCCCUUUAUGAUUUAAAUUUCUCUUUUUGGAUCCAUACCCCUCCUCACCCGAAAGAAUGAAUAAUAAAAUGUAUAUGGGUUUUAAAAUCAAUUUAUUAAAGUAUUUUAUUAGGAAUCAUAUGGCAAACUGUACACUCAACAGUGUCCAUCUUGCUUGUAAGUUGAAUCCUUUCAACAGAAGUUCUUUUGUUUUCUCGCAUACAUUUUGGAAAGUUUAAAAGGGAAACUUGUUCAGAAAGGGAAAGCGAGUCAUGUUUUUCCUACCAAAAUAUCUCCUUAAAAAAAACAACCCAAAAUAAUUUUCAUUUUAUUUGUGGAGAAAGGGGGGGCAAUGGGUCCUUCUUCCCUAGCGUGCACAUCAGUCAUCUCUCAUUAUAUGUAUGCAUCAUUUAUGCGUCUUCUGAAACGGAGCUCUUGAGAAAUAAAGAUUCUUUUGGGGGGGGUGAAGACAGCGCCAGGCCCGUCUUUACACAUGCAACAACACUUGAGACGCAAGCUGCGUGUUGCUACUCCCUUAAAUUGCAGGAGAAUGUGGAAUUUCCUGCUAUGUUAGUUUUUCCUUAUCUGAUCUGCAGUAGUUCUUCAAAGGGCUCGGCAUGAAGUGUCCUCAAAUGACUUUCUCACAGGUGCACCAUUGAUCUGAAGUACAUAGUCUGGACACUGGAAAUUAAAAUUGUCUAACAAGCAUA